AAACAAACAAACAAAAUAAGAAAAGAAAAGUCGAAAACCCUAAUAAUAAAUAAACAGUCUCUUCCAUCCAUCAUCUUUCUCUGUCUCCGUGUGUCUCAGCUCCCCCCAUGAGUGUCUCUGUGAUCUCUGCGUUUUUUAGGGUGGGCUAAGAACAUGAACUCAUCGCUCAGCUUCUCGGGCUCCGAUAUGGCAUCAUCGCCAUCAACCCCGCCAAACACGGGCUCUUCCGCGAUGGCACCGCCCUCCUCGAGCUCGAGCAGGUACGAGAACCAGAAGAGGAGAGACUGGAACACGUUCGGGCAGUACCUGAGGAACCACAGGCCACCCCUGACGCUGUCGAGGUGCAGCGGGGCCCACGUGCUGGAGUUCCUCCGGUACCUCGACCAGUUCGGGAAGACCAAGGUCCACACCAACAUGUGCCCCUUCUUUGGCCACCCCGUCCCACCCGCCCCCUGUCCUUGCCCCCUCCGCCAAGCCUGGGGCAGCCUCGAUGCCCUGGUCGGCCGUCUCCGGGCCGCUUUUGAGGAAAAUGGUGGGAAGCCGGAGGCCAAUCCGUUUGGGGCCCGUGCGGUGAGGCUCUACCUCAGGGAUGUCCGUGACUCCCAGGCCAGGGCGAGGGGCAUCAGCUAUGAGAAGAAGAAGCGCAAGCGGCCGCCGCCUCCUCCGCCUCCUCCACCGCACCCGCAAUUCCCGCCUCAAAUGGCCGAAGACCAAUAAUAAGGGCAGGUAAGUGAGUUAGCUAGCUAGGGUUUUGAAUCUAGCCUGAUCAUAUAGUCCUAAUUACAUGUGCUAGCUAUUUGUAAGUAUACUAGUUAAAUCGAAUCAAUGUCAGCUAGGACCCAGUCAUGUAUCUGCCCAAAUAAUAUUUGCUAGCGUAUCGAUUAUCAAGUAUCAAGAUUAUAAGUUGUCUCUUACUUUUGAUCAAAUGAAAUCCAUCGAAUCCCUUAUA